AUGCCGGAUGAUCUCCCGCGAAUCCCGAAAAAGCGUCGACCGCGAAACAAACCUCGCUGUAAGUGAUGACUAAUGUAAUCUUUUAUUCCAAUAUAUAUUUUUCCUUUUUUUUCUGAACAUCUAUGUUAGUCAAACAUUUUCCUUAAAUGCUCAUGAUGGAACUUUUAGCGGACGCUUGGCUUCAACAAAACUUGAAAGCCUAUCGACCCAGCUUCACCUUUCGAUGUGCACUGCCGGUGAUAGCGGCAACGGCGGUGGUUUGUCUCGGCAUGGGAAUAACGUUGAUUUACAAUAAUUCGAAAGGCAGGUGAAUGGGGAGUUGUUGAGUUUAAGGGGAUGGGAAAUUUUGUAAAAGGAGACCUCGGUACAACGAACCGGAUAUUAAAGUUUAUUCGUAAUGGCGAGGCCUUGUUGUACACAAGGCUUCAAAUGAUUAUAAGCUACUAAUAGCAUUUUUAUAAGUUUCAUGGACAUUUGUCGCGACCCGCGCUGUGCGUGGGAAAAAAUUCAAGGUGCACUGUGCGACGGCGAAAAAAAUGUCCAUGCACUUUGUCAAAAUACUACUAAUAUGCCUUUUAAAAAGUGCGCAGACUUUUUUCGCGGCUCAGAGUUCAUUCUGCCACUUUUUGCACUGUGCAAUGAUUGCCGCGGUCGCAAAUUUUCCAUCAAGAAAAAACGUCGUGUCGCAGCGAUAUUGGACUUUCGCAGCGCAAAAAGUCAAAUGCACGCCGCAAAAAGGGGUUCUGUGCACGGUGCGGCCCACGGCAAAAGGUCUAUGCACUUCUAUCAGCUUGUCGGAAAAAUAACGGCGGGUCGUCGCAUCAAAAUGUCUCGCCUCGCUGCUGUCGCGCACCAAAUCCCAAGCCGCAGCUUGCAGUCGCAAAGCGAUGAUGGGCGAUCCCGAGGGGCGACGAUCCGCCGUUAUUUACCCGACAGACUGAUAAUAGCAUUCUUAAUAGCAGUAGCCCAUUCGUAAAGUCGCUGGAGUGAUUUUUGGCGCUCGCACUGCGCAAAAAAUUCAUGGUGCGAGCGACAGCUCCAAAAAAUCUACUAGUCCUUCCGGAAAGUCGCCGGACUGAAAUCGGCGACAUGCACUCCGCAAAAACGAAAGUUCACUUUGCACUGUGCAAUUCUUGGGUUUUUGCACUGUGCAAUAGGCUUUUCCGAGCUGUCGCUCGCACCCUGAGUUUUUUCUCACAGUGCAUGUCGCCGAUUUCCGUCCGGCGACUUUCCGGAAGGACUAGUAUUGCACGGUGCAAAAAGUAAGAAAUUGCGCAGUGCAUGUCGCUAAACUCAACCCAGCGACUUUUCGAACGCACUAGUAUUACCUUGCGUCCUGACGAACCCGCAAAUCAAAGAAAAACAGAAAAACAUAUAGUAAACACCCUGAAAAGAAAUGUUUUGUUAGUUUCUAUUUGAUUUUUCGAGUUUUACAUCUGAAUUUUUCUUUUGUAAUGAUAUGUUUUUAGCCACAGAGCAUGUGAUAGAUUACACUGACUGUGAGAAAAAGCAGGAGUCUGACGGUUGGACUCAUCGCUACGAGAAUGAUGAAUCCAUUUGUGAGCAUCAAUUCAAACUUUCGGCCGCUUUCACGGUGGGUUUUGGGCACUGUUUUUUGAGCUUUGAAAAAUCGCAACGCUUUAGAAAAACGAGUCAAUUUUAUAAAUCAUCUUACAGGGGAACUACCGCAAAGUAGUUCCCCUGCGACGCUCAGAUUUUGAUGAAACUUGGCUCCUAUUUUUUUCAUGCAAAACUGUCAAAGAUACGGCCAAAAAGCGUUUUCACUCUGACCGCUCUCCGCCGUUUGCGUACUCUCUCGACCGCAAAGAUCGUUGAAUAUCUCGGCUCACGCUGCAAAGCGCGAGCUAAAACUUUCAGGAAUUAAUACGUGGCCCAUUUCGGAUGUGUGUGCAAAAUUUAAAGAAAAUUUGAGCACUUGCCUUUCGAAUAAAUCUCCAUCAUUUUCUCAUCAAAACCGCGACAAAAUCGAUCGCUAAGCUCCAAAUUUGCUGUAAUUCGACUGUCUCGAUCAAAAAUUAAUUGAGAAAAAUACAAAUUCUGUACUCGGUGAAUAUCUAGCGCCUGCAAAGCGCGAGCUAAAACUUUCAGUAAUUGAUAUGUGGCCUACGCCUGGAAUGCAUGCAAAAUUUAAAGAAAAUCUGAGCGUCGCGCUUGGGAUACUUUUUUCGAGUUUUAUAAAUCAUCCUAUAUUUGUAAUUUAUAAAUCUUUUUUACAUUUUAUUAUAUAAAUCAUCACGCUUUGCAGCGCAUAGACUUGUACACUUUUUUCAAUUUCCAGGGCGACAUCACGUUCUAUUACGGACUUGACGGCUUUUAUCAGAACAUCCGUAAAUAUCAGCAGUCGCGGAAUGACAAUCAGCUCAGAGGAGAUCUUCAAAAUGUGGACGAGUGCUUCCCGUAUGAGAGGGAUAACCAAACAAAAGAGCCGUACGUGCCGUGCGGAGCGGUGGCUGACUCGAUGUUUAAUGGUAAGAUUAAUGCGAAGUCGACCAGCCGGAAUAUUUUCCCGACUGACUGAUAUGAAGAUUCUACUGUCGUAUUUGUCAGAAAGAGGACUGGAAGUCACUUAGUGCAUAGGAUGUCAUUACUAUGCCUUUAUUUUUCUUCCAACGUGUUGACGCUAGACCCAAAUUUGCAUAAGUUCGCUCAUUCCCUAUAAAAGCCAUGGAUCUGGUCAUUUUAUUUAUAAUCACUUUUUCCUGCUGUGGUGCAAAUAAAUACGUUUCUACUUGGUCUUCUCUUCUUCGACCGGUCGGUCCCACUUCAAAUCCCCUUCUCCCCGGAUCAGCCAGUAUAUGGGGGCUCAGCCGAUUUAAAACUUGGCGGUUUUACUGAAGUCGCCAACACAACGACAUUUUUUACUAUGUAAAUAUUACUUUCAGACAGCUUCCUUCUCUUCACCGUGGACCGAAAUAGCAGCGAAAAAAGCCCGGUGGAGAUGUCGGCGCUGGAGAUCAUCCCCAAGCGAUUCCGCGAGCGCAAAUACAGAAACCCGAAGCCCUGCCGAGGGAAUGUGACCCGAUGUCCGGGCUUCGAGAGGACGUCAAAGCCGCCGCACUGGACACGACACAUUGCCGAGAUCGGCGACGCCGAAACCGGACGAGGCCUGGAGAAUGCGGAUUUCAUCAUUUGGAUGGAGACGUCGGCGUUGCCCAACUUCCGAAAAGUCUAUCGAAAACUCAAAGUGCUGCCGGCCAACGAUUUCAAUGGCGGAUUGCCCGAGGGCUUGUACUCCUUGGAGAUCAAAAACAGUAGGUUUUCCGGCUUUGACAAACGUUUUAUGUAA